AUUCAUCCAUGUGAACGAUUUUGAUAUAUAAGAUUUAUGAGAUAUUACGCAUGACCAUGCGUUGCUAUUUUUCGAUCGUGUUUCUGCUAUAUUUCGUUGCAUUCUGUACGGAUGUCGAUGCAUGGAACGCUCUAAGAAGAUUUACGAAUCUCUGGCGAACGAAUAACGUUCACGCGAACGAGUCGUUACCGCGGGAACCGCCAAAGAGUAAAUUACAAUCAAUUAAUGCUCGAAAUGGUACUCUGACUUACCCUAACAGAGAAAAGCGACUUUUUCCUUUGUUCACCGUGGUGAGGUUUGAUAACAAUAUUUGCAUCGGAUUAACCGGCGAGAAUGGUACCUGUUUGACGACCUCGGAGUGCUCGCAACGCAAGGGCACGUCUAAUGGAAUUUGUGCAAAUGGUUAUGGAGUUUGUUGUAUUGUAACUAUGUCUUGCGGCGAAACGACUUCCAAUAACAAUACUUAUUUUGUUAAUCCGAAUUAUCCAUCAGUAUUCGAUGGCACGGAAUCUUGCCAACUAACGCUACUUAAAUCACAUCCAGAUGUGUGCCAAUUUAGGCUGGAUUUCUUGGAAUUUAAUAUAAGAGGACCGGAAACGACUAAUAAUCAGUGUAUCUAUGAUCAAUUUAUUGUUUCUGGAGGGAAUCCGGUGCCCACUAUAUGCGGAAGUAAUACUGGGAAUCAUGUUUAUGUGGACGCCGGUGUCGGGCAAACGAAUCCUGUUACGUUAACGUUUGUUACGAGCGGAAGUUCCUUCCCUCGAUUAUGGAAAGUAAGAGUUUCUCAGAUCCGUUGCAAUACUUUAUACAGAGCCGAGGAAGGCUGUUUGCAAUAUUUCACGGGUAUCUCCGGACAAAUAAAAUCGUUCAAUUAUGGUAUUGACACCGGAUUGCAAUUGUCCAAUCAGGAUUACAGUAUAUGCAUCAGGAUGGAAAGGAACUUUUGUGGCAUUCAAUACACUGCAUGUUCAGUUGAUGGUCAAGUAGCUUCAACAACCAGCGCAACUUCAGCAGCCCAAAUGGCACGUAAUAAUGCGUUUACGUUGACGGGGAACACCCAAGGAACCCAAAUUGCGUCGAUGACAGGAGCUGCCUGCCAAACUGAUUGGUUAACGAUUCCUUGUGCAUCGAAUUUGGGCAGAUUACCGACAGCCAUGAUGACGUGCGUUGAUCGAAUUUGUGGUGGCACAUUCAACGCAGAGAAUCAAAGUUUAAAUUCAUCUUCUGUCGUUAGUACAGUGAAGCCGUUCAGAUUAAUUUUUCACACAGACAGCAUCGAAGCGCCGAACGACGUCGGAAAUCGGGGAUUCUGUUUGAAUUACGUGCAGCAACCAUGUACGACGAAGUUAAGAUGA